AUGUCCAAUACUGAUGAGCGUGACGUUAGAUACCUACAGCGAAUUAAAAAGGCUGCGUUGUUUGUUCGUGAAAGCACCAUCAAUCGCAUUAAAUCUAUACAUGAAAUGUCUGUUCGCGUUGUUGAGUCUCCUGAGCUGUUACCUGAUUUUCUAAUAUCUGUGAAGGAUUUAGACCCAUUAUGGGAAACAUUUUUAGCAAAUAAUCAAGCCGUACUUGAGGCCUUGUCGGAUUUAGAUUUGCUCGAUGAAUUUUCUUUAAAUUUAGAAACUGAUACUCGCGCAUUAUGCAUAAGAGCAUUAGCUACUGCAGAUAAAUAUAAACCUACCUUGCCACGUCAAUCACUAUCUAAUAUUAACGAUGAUGGUAAUGAGUCUGUAAUUUCCAAUAAGUCCGGCAUCAAUAGUGGGAUGCGGUCACGUUUGCCUGAGAUACCCCUCCCCUCCUACAGUGGUAGCUUUUCGGAUUGGCCGGUCUUUCGUGAUAGAUUUAAGGCACUGAUAGCUCAGCGUACGGAUUUGUCCAAUAUUGAGCGAUUUUAUUAUUUGUUGGGAUGUCUAAAAGGUGAAGCACUUAAUAGUAUUCGCAACAUUGUUGUAUCCGAGACCACCUAUGAACUAGCCUGGUCAACAUUAGUCGAUAGAUUUGACAGACCUCGACAGCUAGCCACUUUAAUUGUGGACAAGUUAAUAUCAAUUCCGGCACAGUCACAGGAGUCUUUGGAGGGCUUAAAAGAUUUUUUGGUAUUAUUUUCGGAUCAGAUAGCAGUAUUGGAGUCAUUGCAAAUACCUAACCUUGGAGAAUUUCUAUUAUUUGCUCUGUCGUCCCGAUGCUUACCAUUAUCCACCCGCAAAGGUUUUGAAGCGGUUAAUUCUGAAGAAUUUCCUGCUGCCUCUGACGUAAUAAAGUAUGUAAAGGGGCGGGUAUCUAUUUUAGAGGCUGUCAGCUUUUCUGGUAGUUCACGUCGAUCAACAGUUCAACGCGACAACAUGAAACCAUCAACUUUCCGAAAUAUAGAUAAGCGACCCAAGUUUGCUUUAGUCGCUGCCAAAUCUUCUGGUGCUCCUAUCUAUAAUUGUGUUUUUUGUAAUGGGUCACAUGGACCAUCUAAGUGUCGAAUGUUUCAAUCGGCUUCGGUAGAAGAUCGUAACACUAUGGUACGAGAGAAGAAGAUUUGUUUUAGUUGUUUAAGUAGCUCACAUUGGAGCAACCGUUGUAAGGAGCGCCGACCUUGUAAACACUGUCCUAGGAUGCACCAUAGUCUUCUUCACGUAGAUAAAUCAGAUGGUGAGAACCUAUCUAAUGUGGACGGAGUACCUGUAAGCAACACUUCGGUAAUGGGUACCCGUCCCAGACAUACCAUCUUAUUAGGUACUGCACUAGCUCACAUCAAAGACCGUGCAGGUAUCUUUCAGACUGUUCGAGUUUUAAUAGACUCAGCUUCACAAAUUAGUGCAGUAACCAGUAGCUGUGUAAAUCGUUUAGGAUUGUCAAAGAGAAAAUGGACAGCGCCCAUUUUAGGUCUUGCUGGAGCUAAGGUACCUCUGGUUGAAGGAGUUGUCGACUGUCGACUCACUCCCCGGUAUGCUCCACAACACGAAUUACAUGUAAAUGCUUGGGUAUUACCUAAAAUUACGGCAGACAUGCCCAAUAGAAGUCUUUCUAUUGACAUAAAGUGCCAGUUUGCACACCUCGCACUGGCUGACCCCACAUUCGAUCAGCCAGCGCCAAUUGAUAUGUUAGUGGGCGCGGACAUGUUUGCCCAGGUAAUGGACGGUAAACGCAUCGAAAUAAACCGUCAAUUACCAGUAGCUUACGGCUCUAUAUUCGGUUGGGUCUUAAUUGGCGGGGUAGGAAUACCCACGGACGAUUCUUCCCAUGUUGUACUUUCGUCAUUAAUGACAUCGCUGGAAGAUCUAUUAGAAAGAUUCUGGGAAAUAGAAGAACCAGGACUUAAUGAAGAUGAUGUAACUGAAGAAGGAAGAAGUGAACUAAUGUUUCGAAGCCUAACGACCAGAGAUAGUCAUGGACGGUUCAUAGUGCCCUUGCCAUUUCACAAAAACGCGUGCUGUGACAGACUAUCGGGCUCACUGCAGUUAGCUACUCGGCGAUUUGAAAACUUAGAAAGGAAAUUAAAGAGUGACUCUCAGUUAUACGGCGCUUAUAGGGAGUUCAUGAAGGAAUAUGAGACACUCGGUCACAUGACGCCAGCUCCAGUGUCCGGAAAGUAUUUCAUUCCGCAUCACCCGAUUAUUAAACAAAUUGGUGAUCAAAUUAAACUCCGAGUGGUUUUUGAUGCUUCGGCUAGGGCACCUGGGGGUUGUUCACUAAAUGAUUGCCUCAUGUCUGGACCUAAACUGCAGUCCGAUAUAACGGAUGUAUUACUUAACUUUCGCCUGUACCAGCACGUCUUCGUAGCUGAUAUUUGCAAGAUGUAUCGCCAAGUGCUAAUCCAACCCGAACACCGACAGUACCAGCACAUAUUAUGGCGUGACGUUUCGUCUGCUAUGUUGUUGUUGGCCAAAUGA